AGCGUUUCUGCGAAUAAUAUGAAACAUUUAAUAACAAAGAUUUUAUAAAAUAUAAAACGAAAGAAAAGAAUUUACAAUGUUCAAAUAUAUAAAGUAUUUGGAGACGAAUUUCAAGUAACCGAAUUGAAAUAAACACAGGUCACAGACACAAUAAGCAAGUGUAUCCUUAUUUCGAGAUAUUUCACAUGUUUUUUUUUCUCGAAAAGUCAGCAAUUCGACGAAUAUUUCCGAUUACUACCGAAAUAAUUCGAACUGCUAGUGCGCGAUAUUUUAAAUCGUCUCUACAUUAUUAAUCAUUUAUUUUUAACUAUUCAUUAAGUAAAAUUAAUCUUAAUUUAGUUUUUUGUGGUACAUUUAAAGAACAUGUUAUGUCAAGAAAAACAAUGUUCAAUGAUGUGACGAUAUGUUUGUAAUAAUUAAAUAGUCAGAACAACACGAAAAGUAGUGACAAUUGUUUGAUAAAAUCUGUAGUGAAGCCAUUAAAUAUUUUAUUUGAUAUUUAUUCGAUUUGAAAAAAAAAGUUUUUAUUGUAAUGUUUUUUUAACUUUUUAAAAUAAUAAUUGAUUGACAACUAAUGUCAAUAAAGUUGAAUUUGGUGAUUGUAUUUUUCAUACAGGUUAGCCAACAUUAGAGUUCAAAUUUAUCACGGUAAAUUUAUGUUGUUAUCAAUUGAUAUUCAUGACUACGGCCAUACUUUUACCAGGUGUUCGUAGCAUUUUGAUUAUUUGACAAAGCUGAAAUACAGCUGUUUGAAAAAAUAUAGUAAGAAUCAUGAAUAAUCGUAUACAAAUAUACUAGCCAAAAACAGUUUAGGAAUGUGUUACUAAAAACAUUGAUUGCUACAUUUUUAAAAACAGAAAUGGAUGUAAUCGGCACAAUCUUAGAAAUAUUGAUACAAAGAGCCAUAAAUCCGAAAAACCAAGAGGUUGAUGCUGCUGCAGUAGAUGGAUUUUGUAGUGUUAUCGGAAAAGAAAAAGAUGGUCCACAAGUUGCAAGUAAAUUACUUGCUACUCACAUUCAGUCUACUAAUGAAGCUGAAGCAUUGUUAGCAUUGAAUCUUUUAGAUACAUGUAUGAAGAGAUGUGGCAAAUCUUUUCAUGCAGAAAUAGGAAAAUUUCGGUUUUUAAAUGAAAUGAUCAAAUUAGUUUCACCCAAAUAUCUUGGCUCAGCCACACCCAAUAAAGUUCGUCAGAAAAUAUUGGAAUUACUUUUUAACUGGACAAUGAACUAUCCAAAAGAAACUAAAAUAAAAGAAGCUUAUGAGAUGUUAAAAAAUCAAGGCGUUGUUAAGGAUGAACCUCCUUUACAAAUAGAAGCCAAUAAUCGAGAUAAAUCAAAGUUAAAGAAUUCCUUAUUUGAAGAUGAGGAAACAGCCAAGCUUUUAAAAGAGUUGUUACAAAGUAAGGACCCAUUUGAAUUGCAAUUAGCUAACAGACUGAUAAAAAGUAUGGUGAAAGAUGAUGAAAAUAGAGUUCAACGAAGUUCACAGACAAAUUUUGAAGUUAGAAUAGAAUCUGUGCGCAAUAAUGCUAAGUUAUUAUCGGAAAUGUUGGAUUCAUACAAUCCUAAACAAACUAGUAGUGAAGAUAAUAAUUUAAUGAAAGAACUUUAUCAAGCAUGCGAAAACUUUAAACCAACUCUUUUAAAAUUAGCUGAAGAAAUACAAGAUAAUGAAAAUUUACUUGAUCAAGUAUUAACUGUUAAUGAUGAACUGAGUCAAGUAUUUGAAAAAUAUUCGUUGAAAAUGAACUCUUCACAUAAUUCAAAUAACAGUAAGGAUGAUGCUCUUCCGUUAUUAGAUUUUUCUUCAUCUCAAGAUAAUGUUUCUGAAAAUGAGAAAUUGACUGGCUCGAACUUAUUAACUAGUGAAACAACUAAAACACAAACUGAUAUGGACUUAUUGACUGAUAUAUUUAAAUGUAUGGAAAAACCCGCUAAUGAUUCAUUGCAAUCUCAAUCUGAUUCUGAUUUGUUAUGCUCAGAUACCGAUAUAAUGCAACCGCUUCCAAUUUUACCUAGCUCCAAAGUAGAAUCUUCGAAAUUUUCUGAGAAACCAGCGAGUAAACCUAGUGCGUUAGAAGAAUUAAAUAAUAUAAGCAAGUCUAUGCUUAAACAAGACUUAAAUAUGUGCAAUACAUCAUUAAAAAAUUUAUCUGAUUUACUUAAUAAUUUGGACUUAAAGUCCAAAGAUGACAAAAACCAAAAUUCUAUAUCUGAAAAGGAUGAUUGUGAUGUGCUAAAUACUGUAAAUUUAUUAGAAAAUAAUAUACCUCAGAAAGAUAUAGAAAAAGAUGUAAAAAAAAUUUGCGAAGAAUCAAAACCCAUAAAUCAACAGAUGAAAUCAUUAAUGGAUAUUCAUGUUACUCUUGAAGACGUAAAGCCCAGUUCUAUACCUCCAAUGACUGUAAUAGAUGAUAAAAAUAAUGUGACAGUUGUUCUUCAUGUUGCUGAAGGUUCUCCAAACCCGCUUGUUUCUGUCGUUGUUAUAACAACUAUGAGCAGAAGUUUGAAACCGUUAUCCAAUUAUAUGUUUCAAGCUGUAGUACCUGAAAAUUGUAAGUGUCGACUUCAAUCACCAUCGAGAACUGAGCUACCUGCUUAUAAUUCAUUUUUACCUCCAUCUGCGAUCACACAAAUAAUGUUAAUUGGUAAUCCGAAAAAGGUUCCCGUAUCUGUUAAGUUUAUGUUAAGUUAUACAUUAGACGAUGAGACUUUUACAGAAAUGGGAGAAAUAGAGAAACUUUUUAAUCUGUGAAACAAUGGAAAUGUUAAAUAUUUUUCACAAAUUUCAGUUACUUAUUUGAAUUAUUAUAGAAAAUUAAAUAUAUAACUUUUAAGAAAAAUCAUGUGGAGUGUUUUGGAGUAUUUAUUGCGGCUGUUUGAUAACUUACAUAAAAAGUUAUAAACUUAUUAAAAUUUUUCAAACCAAGUAUGUAUAUGAUAAAUCAAAUCAAAAUUUACGAAUAGAAUUUGAUUAAUACUUGUGCAAUGUUUGACUUUGAAGUAAAAUUCAAAUCAUUUAACC